AUGCUUCGGAGAGCAACAUCAGCACUGCUGCAGACCAGCACCCAGAUUACAACCCUCCUCUUUUUUCCGAGGGCUCAGGCUACCCCACAGGCCCUCUGUACCUCUGUUUUAGCCAGACAGUUCUCUCUGUCGGUCUGCUUGUGUAAGAAGAAGAAGAAAAGUCUUUGGUUGCAGCUCUCUGAAGGACAAAUCAUGGAUGGUAAUAUUGAAGAAGUGCUGGCUCCCUUGAGGCAAGCUGUAAAAGAACAGGGCGAGCUGGUGCGUAAAAUGAAAGCGGAGAACGCCCCCGAAGUGGAUAUCAGUAAAGCGGUUGCGGAAUUGAAGGCUCGCAAACGGACCCUCGAAGCUAAGGAGCUUUCUCUUCAGCCUAAAGAUGACAUUGUGGACAGAACGAAGAUGGAAGACACUUUGAAGAGGCGGUUCUUUUAUGACCAGGCUUUCGCCAUCUAUGGAGGUGUGAGUGGGCUGUAUGACUUUGGGCCUGUGGGCUGUGCGUUGAAGAACAACAUUCUCCAGACCUGGAGACAGCACUUCAUACAGGAGGAGCAGAUCCUGGAGAUCGACUGCACCAUGCUCACGCCAGAGCCUGUGUUAAAGACCUCAGGGCACGUGGAGAAGUUUGCGGACUACAUGGUGAAGGAUGUGAAAAACGGAGAAUGCUUCCGUGCAGAUCAUCUUCUCAAAGCUCAUCUUCAGAAGCUGAUGAGUGAUAAGAAGUGUCCUGCUGAGAAGAAAAGCGAGAUGGACAGCGUUGUCACUCAGAUGGACAACUACUCGCAGCAGGACCUGGCUGACCUGUUUGUGAAGUACAACGUGAAGUCGCCCAGCACAGGAAAUGACCUCACACCACCCAUUUCAUUCAACUUGAUGUUCCAGACCUCCAUUGGGCCUGGAGGGAACAUGCCAGGGUAUCUGAGGCCAGAAACUGCUCAGGGAAUCUUCCUCAACUUCAAGCGUCUGCUGGAGUUUAACCAGGGCAAGCUGCCCUUUGCUGCAGCUCAGAUCGGAAACUCCUUCAGAAACGAGAUCUCCCCCCGCUCAGGACUCAUCCGUGUCAGAGAGUUUACCAUGGCCGAGAUCGAGCAUUUUGUCGAUCCCAGUGAGAAGGUUCACUCCAAGUUCUCUAACGUGGCUGAUCUGGAGAUCCUGCUCUAUUCGUCCAAAGCACAGACCAGCGGCCAAUCAGCUCAGCUCAUGAGACUAGGGGAUGCUGUGGAGCAGGGUAUUAUUAAUAACUCUGUCCUGGGCUACUUCAUCGGGAGGAUCUACCUCUAUCUGACCAGAGUGGGCGUGGCCAAGGACAAAUUGCGAUUCCGUCAGCACAUGGAUAACGAGAUGGCCCACUACGCCUGCGACUGCUGGGAUGCCGAGACCAAAACGUCCUACGGUUGGAUUGAGAUCGUGGGCUGUGCCGACCGCUCCUGUUAUGACCUGCUGUGUCACGCCCGGGCCACUAAAGUCCCUCUGGUGGCAGAGAAGCCUCUUAAAGAACCCAAAGUUGUGAAUGUCGUCCAGUUUGAGCCAAAUAAAGGGGCCAUUGGGAAGGCCUAUAAGAAGGACGCCAAGCUGGCCAUGGAGUACCUGGCCAUCUGUGACGAGUGCUACAUUACAGAGCAGGAGAAACUCCUCAGUGAGAACGGUGAGUUCACCUUUGAGACCGAGGGCAAAAUGUUCAAACUCACAAAGGACAUGGUCAGCGUUAAGAGGUUCCAGAAAACGUUGCACGUCGAGGAGGUCGUCCCGAACGUGAUUGAGCCCUCCUUUGGUAUCGGUAGAAUCAUGUACUCCAUCUUCGAGCACACAUUCCACGUCAGAGAGGGCGACGAACAGAGAACGUAUUUCAGUUUCCCUGCCACUGUAGCUCCAUACAAAUGCUCCGUCCUGCCACUAAGCCAAAAUCAGGAAUUCAUGCCUUUUGUUAAAGAACUAUCCGAAGCUCUCACCAAAAACGGCGUGUCCCACAAAGUGGACGACUCGUCCGGGUCCAUCGGAAGACGCUACGCCAGAACCGACGAGAUCGGCGUGGCGUUCGGCAUCACUAUCGACUUCGACACGGUUAACAAGACGCCCCACACGGCCACGCUGAGGGAACGAGACUCGAUGAAGCAGAUCAGAGUGGAGAUCAGCGAGCUGCCCGGCAUCGUCCGCGACCUGGCCAACGGCCUCACCUCGUGGGCGGAGGUGGAGAGCAAGUACCCCGUCUUCGAAGGCCAGGAGACGAGCAAGAAGGACACGGCAGAAGAGUAGAAAGACCCUCUACUCCGUCCUAAGCCCCCCCCCCCACCUCCACCCACCUUCUCCACCCACCUUCUCCACCCAUGGACAGUUCUGUACCUGCACCCAUAGGAACAAUUUUACUUCAGGUGUCAGCGCUCGAGGAUCUGAGGGCACAGAGGACGGUGUUUUUUUUUUUGUUUUUGUUUUUGUUUUUUAUUUCUUCAGCUCCACACGUUUGCUAACACUUCAAAAAAAAAAUGAAAAAAAAAAUUAUACAUGUAUGAAUCUUAUACUGUAAAGGACACAAUAUGUCAAUAUGCCCCCAUGCUAAAAAAAAAAAAAUGAUGUAUGUUUUAUGCAAUGCAAGUGAGGGGAACUGAUGUAAGGGAAAACAGAAAGAAAUUCAGGAUUUGGUUGUCUUGUACCGGGGGGGAAGGCAGUUUCACCAUUCCAGGCGUCAGACAGAUUAAAUAAAAAAACAAAACACGGAAAGCAAAUCUUGGGCCAAUAAAUUAAGCCAGCACUUUCUGGGGCUUGUUUAUUUUUUUUUCUGUCUAAAAUCAUCUCAUCACUUUCACAAAGAUCUCCUUAAUAAUAACGAGAACAAUAACAAUAAUUAUUAUGUUGGCAUUUACUGGGUUGUGAAAUUGGACUGGAAUCGAACCGUGUCAUUAUAACAAACCCCGCUGCUGGGUGUGUAACAUACAGGGCUCUCUCUCUCUCUCUGUGUGAUUGUGUGUCGUUACUUAAGACGAAGCUACAUGCACAGGAGUGAAAUGUGUCCAUAAACAUGU